AUGUCACUACCAAAUAGUCUUAAAGACACUUUCUCUCCUGCAGAAAUCCACUUCUUAACAGAGAAUGAACUCAUCACCAUAUUACCAAGAUACUCCAUGAAUGGUUUAAGUUUAAUAACUACAAAACUUCCCAAAAUAAGAGCAAUGAAUAGAAUACAAGUGCCUAUAUGGCUAGCAUUGAUAUUGAAAGCACAAAGGAAAUGUAAUAUCGUACCACCUGAAUGGUUGAACUUGAAAAAAUUACAAGAUUUAUAUCAAUUUGAAGUUACAACAUUAGAGAGUUUUAGUGAAUUGCCCUAUAAUUGGCUUGAAAUUUCCAAGAUUUUCUUUGAAAAUGCUUCAGAUGAUCUUGCAGAUGAAGUUUAUAAGUUAAAAUCAUUAGUACAAGAUUUAAAAGAGAUUAGAUUGAUAAAGAUCAAGAAAGGUUUAACUUUAGUGAAUGAAUCUCAUUUACAAUUGGAUAAUUUAUCAUUAAUGGAGAUUAAUGAGAUUAGACCGUUUGUCGUCUCUGUGAUGAAUAAAUUGACUGAUUUAACAGAUGCUGUGGCACCAGAAAUAGGAGAUCAAGAGGUACAAGAGGAAUAUGAAGAUGAUGAUGACGAUGAAAUGUAUGAGAAAGAGUAA